UCGGUGUCAGUGCCUAGCGGAGCCCCGCGCGUGUUGCCGUGUUCAAACUACAUUGAAAUUUCGAAACGCCGUUGGCGGGAAACGUUAUUAAUAUUUUAUUUUUUUAAAUUUAAUUAUCAAAAAUGAGUUUGGAGUUGAGAAAUAAAAAAAUUGCAGAGACAUUUGAGAAAUUCAAAAUUGCGCAAUGGGGACACAACAAUAACAGAUCGUGUGCCCAAGUCGCUACAAAUGUAGUUGAACAGAAGCAUCAGGUGUCGAGAGCUAAGAGGAGCAAAGCUCUUGGAAGCCGUGCCUUUAGAGGCAGCACGAUUUGGUUUACUGGACUCAGCGGCGCCGGCAAGACUAGUAUAGCGUUUGCACUUGAAGCCUAUCUCGUUUCUAAAGGUAUACCAGCUUACGGUCUAGACGGAGACAACAUCAGGACUGGUCUCAACAAGAACCUCGGAUUUUCUAAGGAAGACAGAGAAGAGAAUAUUCGUAGAGUCGCAGAAGUAGCUAAACUCUUCGCUGACAGCGGCGUCGUUUGCUUGUGCAGUUUUGUCUCGCCCUUUGCUGAGGACAGGGAGGUAGCUCGUCGCAUUCACACUGACUCCGAGUUGCCGUUCUUCGAAGUGUUCAUAGACACGCCGCUGGAAGUAUGCGAACAGAGAGAUACCAAGGGCCUCUACAAGAAGGCUAGGGAGGGACAGAUUAAGGGCUUCACUGGCAUAACUCAGGAGUAUGAACGUCCUGAGGCUCCAGAGCUUGUCAUUCAGACAGUUGGACGCUCCAUCGAAGAGUCCACCAUAGAAGUGGUGCGACUCCUCGAAUCACAGGGUAUUAUACCACGCUACAAUGAAAAUGACUCAGGUGUUGAAGAGCUCUUCAUUUACGGAAACAGACUUAGCAGUGCUAAGGAAGAGGCGGCCAGGUUGCCGCAAAUAGAGCUCUCAUUUUUGGACUUGCAAUGGGUUCAGGUGUUAUCUGAAGGUUGGGCCUACCCUCUUAAAGGUUUUAUGAGGGAAUCCGAAUAUUUGCAAGCGCUACAUUCCAACUGCUUUACACUACCAGAUGGGACGUUGGUAAACCAAUCUGUACCAAUCGUGUUGCCAGUGGCCACGACCACUAAGGAGCGCCUCACUGGUUCCACGGCCAUCGCAUUGGUCCACGAUGGCCGAACCAUCGCCAUUAUGAGAAACCCCGAGUUCUACCCUCAUAGGAAACAGGAGAGGUGCUGUCGGCAGUUCGGAAUAUAUAACACAGGACAUCCCUAUAUCAAAAUGAUCGAGGAGUCUGGGGACUGGCUGGUGGGCGGUAACCUGGAAGUAUUCGAACGUAUUCAGUGGAACGACGGCCUAGACUCUUACAGACUGACGCCCAACGAACUGAGGCAGAGGUUCAAGGACAUGGAUGCUGAUGCUGUGUUUGCAUUCCAGCUUCGUAACCCUAUCCACAACGGCCACGCCCUUCUGAUGCAAGACACUCAAAAACAACUCAUCGAGAGGGGAUACAAGAAACCAGUACUGCUAUUACACCCCCUUGGCGGCUGGACUAAAGACGAUGAUGUUCCCCUGUCGGUGCGCGUGAUACAACACAAGGCGGUCUUGAAUGAACGAGUGCUGGACCCUGAACAUACCGUGCUGGCGAUCUUUCCAUCUCCAAUGAUGUACGCCGGACCCACGGAGGUCCAAUGGCAUGCUAAGUGCCGUAUGAACGCUGGCGCUAACCACUAUAUAGUGGGUCGUGACCCCGCUGGAUUGCCGCACCCCAACGGCGGCGGUGACCUCUACGACCCCCGACACGGUGCUAUCGUACUGGCAGCCGCACCCGGACUGGAUGAUCUUGAGAUCAUACCAUUCCGAGUAGCAGCGUAUGAUUCAUCCGUCGGGAAGAUGGCAUUCUUUGAUCCCACUCGUAAGGAAGACUUCGACUUCAUAUCCGGCACCAGGAUGAGGGGUCUUGCUAAAGCUGGAAAGGAGCCACCGAAAGGUUUCAUGGCUCCCAGCGCCUGGAAGGUCCUCUCAGAAUACUACCAGUCGCUUAAAUCCAAAAUGGAAACCAAUUAAUCGUAUGAAUAGUUUAUUAAAAAUUACCCAGUGCAAUAAUGACGCCUACAUUCCUUCGUGUAGUUUUACACAUUCCGUCUUUUAAUGUUCUUUUUUUGAAAUCUUCGGUCCCAUGGUCAUUUUCAACAUUGACUUUAAUUAUUAUUUGGUCUAUAAUUUUUGAAGUGAAACUUCUAAUGCCACAUUCAACAAGGUUGCGUUAAACGUUCAACGCUAAGGGAGAGGGGGAAUAGAAAGAGACGGAGCGGGAGUAAAUGAGAGGGUUAAUUGUGAAUUGUAAGCAAUGUUUAUAAAGUUUAUCUUAAAGAAAGAAUAUGAGUUCAGUAAAAAUCAAUUUCUAUCCCUUCCUAUUUUCAUUUCCACACUUAACGAAGUUUCACUUGCGCGCGGAGGGAUUCUGCGUACAAUUUUUUUUUUAAUCUUUAUCAACAGUCAAUUAUUUUGUGCACAAACUUUUAUCCGAAUAUCUAUUAUAUACAAAUGUAUAUUAAAAUAUUAAGAAAAUAUUGUAUAUUUUUAUUUAUUGUAUGACAUGAAGGGCCAGGUGAAGUAUUACUAGGAGAUUAAUGGGAUAUUGUUACAUAUUAAGAUAUAUAAUGAAUUCUGUUGUUACAUUUGCUGUAAUGGUGCUUAUAAACAUUUAUUUAAUAUACAAUAAAAUUGAGAUUUA